AUCAACUAAGACCCCCUUCUCUUCUUUGUUCUUUCUAUACAUACAAAGUAUCAUGGGGUCAACAACAGAGUACCAGGCCCUGUUACCAACACUAGACUCACAUUCAAGAAUUCCAGACUUGUCCUCUGAGGCUAUUGAGGAUUUCUUGGACCAAAGGAAAGUUCCACUUAGAUGGUGGCAUAGGCUUGUGUUAUGGGAAUCAAGGCUAUUAUGGUCAUUAUCUGGGGCUUCUAUUGUUGUUUCUAUAUUCAAUUUUAUGCUUAGUUUUGUAACCCAAAUGUUUUGUGGUCAUUUGGGUGCUGUUGAACUUGCUGGUGCUUCUAUUGCCAAUGUUGGAAUUCAGGGCCUUGCUUAUGGGAUUAUGCUUGGUAUGGCAAGUGCUGUGCAGACAGUGUGUGGACAAGCCUAUGGAGCCAAGCAAUACUCAGCAAUGGGGAUAAUUUGCCAAAGAGCAAUAGUUCUACACUUAGGAGCAGCAGUACUCCUGACAUUCCUCUACUGGUUCUCAGGCCCAGUUCUUCUAGCUAUCGGCCAAGCAGAGGACAUUGCCGCACAAGGCCAGAUUUUCGCCCACGGCUUGAUACCCCAAAUAUAUGCAUUUGCCAUUAGUUGCCCUAUGCAGAGGUUUCUUCAAGCUCAGAAUAUUGUGAAUCCUUUGGCAUAUAUGGCAGUUGGAGUAUUUUUGGUUCACAUUUUUCUUUCUUGGCUUGUUGUUUUUGUUUUGGAUUAUGGGCUUGUUGGGGCAGCUCUUACACUCAGUUUGUCUUGGUGGCUUCUUGUUAUCUUAAAUUGGCUUUAUAUUGUUCUAAGCCCAAAUUGCAAGGACACUUGGACUGGCUUGUCUAUAAGUGCUUUUAAAGGCAUUUGGCCUUACUUUAAGCUCACAGUUGCCUCUGCUGUUAUGCUUUGUUUGGAGAUAUGGUAUAGCCAAGGAAUGGUACUCAUCUCAGGUCUCCUACCAAGCCCAACAAUCAGUCUAGACUCCAUUUCUAUUUGCAUGAAUUACUUGAACUGGGACAUGCAAUUUAUGCUUGGUCUAGCUGCAGCAACCAGUGUUCGAGUAAGCAAUGAGCUAGGGGCAGGGCAUCCUAAGGUUGCAAAAUUUUCAGUGUUUGUAGUGAAUGGGACUAGCCUAAUUAUAAGUGUCAUUUUUAGUAUUCUUGUGCUGUCCUUUAAAGUUGGAUUGAGCAAACUCUUUACAACUGAUACUGAGGUUAUAGAAGCAGUUUCUGAUCUCACUCCUCUGCUUGCCAUCUCCGUUCUCCUCAAUGGGGUUCAACCGAUUCUCUCCGGUGUGGCUAUUGGGAGUGGAUGGCAAGCAGUGGUGGCUUAUGUUAAUUUAACCACAUACUAUAUAAUUGGGCUCCCCAUUGGAUGUGUUCUUGGUUUCAAAACCAGUUUAGGAGUAGCAGGCAUUUGGUGGGGAAUUAUCAUUGGAGUUCUUUUCCAGACAAUAACUUUAAUUAUUCUUACUGCAAGGACUAAUUGGGAUGCAGAGGUUCAAAAAACUGCUAAACGGUUAGAAGAUUCUGCAAGAGAGAGCUUGGAGUCGGUGGCUAAUGUUUAAGGACACUAAAAAUUUUAGGUUUUUCUUAUUUUAUUUUCAUUUUCUCUACCUUCUCUUAUGGAUACAAGUUCCUCUCUUGUAAGGUUUAUAGAAGAAUCAAAAUGUUCCUGUUCAUGAAGCAUGAACAUAGAAUUGUAAUCAAGGAAAUAUCCAAUUAUUGAGAUUUGAAAUUCAAGUCCCCUAAGAAGAGUUUGGGGCAAGAAUUUCACUGUCUUGAUGUAUGAGUACAAGGAAAACUCAAACUUUUGUAAUUGACAAGUCAUAUAUAACUUUAGACUAUGACCAAUUUCUUCUA